CUAACGCUUCAUUUUCUUCUACCUACCUCUUUCUUUCUAUCAAUAAAAAGCCUCGGCCUCGGCCUCGGCCUCGGCGUUGUUGUUGUGGUUGUGGUUGUGGUUGUGGUUGUAGAUCUUCUUCAAUCUAAGCUUCUCAAAGACUUAAAAUGGCUCGCAAGAAGAUCAGAGAAUACGAUUCCAAGAGACUUCUCAAACAACACCUCAAACGCCUCGCUAAUAUCGACCUCCAAAUCUGCUCUGCUCAGGUGACUCAAUCUACUGAUUUCACCGAGUUAACGAACGAACAACCAUGGCUUUCGUCCACCAGAUUGGUUGUUAAGCCGGAUAUGUUGUUUGGUAAACGUGGGAAGAGUGGCUUGGUUGCUCUCAAUUUGGAUCUUGCUCAAGUUGCUGAAUUCGUCAAAGCUCGCCUCGGCACUGAGGUUGAAAUGGGCGGUUGCAAAGCACCUAUAACCACAUUCAUUGUCGAACCUUUUGUACCCCAUGAACAAGAGUAUUACCUUUCAAUAGUCUCUGAAAGGCUUGGUUCUACCAUUAGUUUUUCGGAAUGUGGAGGUAUUGAUAUUGAAGAGAACUGGGAUAAGGUUAAAACCAUCUUCCUUCCAACCGAGAAACCUAUGACCUUGGAUACAUGUGCACCGUUGAUAGCUACACUUCCUUUGGAAGUCCGUGGGAAGAUUGGUGACUUCAUCAUGGGUGUCUUUUCUGUCUUUCAAGAUCUUGACUUCAGCUUUCUCGAGAUGAAUCCAUUUACACUGGUGAAUGGAGAACCAUACCCACUGGAUAUGAGGGGGGAGCUGGACGACACUGCUGCAUUCAAGAACUUCAACAAGUGGGGUAACAUAGAGUUUCCUCUACCUUUUGGGAGAGUCCUGAGCUCUACAGAAAGCUUCAUUCAUUCAUUGGAUGAAAAGACAAGUGCAUCUCUGAAAUUCACUGUUUUGAAUCCAAAAGGGCGUAUCUGGACAAUGGUUGCCGGAGGUGGUGCUAGUGUCAUUUAUGCUGAUACUGUAGGAGAUUUAGGUUAUGCUUCAGAACUGGGAAACUAUGCGGAGUAUAGUGGAGCUCCAAAUGAAGAGGAGGUCUUGCAAUAUGCAAGAGUCGUUAUUGAUUGUGCCACUGCAAACCCUGAUGGUCGUAAGAGAGCCCUUCUCAUUGGAGGUGGCAUUGCUAACUUCACUGAUGUAGCUGCUACUUUCAACGGAAUCAUUCGAGCAUUGAGAGAAAAGGAAGCCAAGUUAAAAGCAGCAAGAAUGCACAUCUAUGUUCGAAGAGGUGGUCCAAACUAUCAAACUGGUUUGGCAAGGAUGCGUGCUCUUGGGGAGGAACUAGGAGUACCCCUUGAGGUUUACGGGCCUGAGGCCACGAUGACUGGCAUAUGCAAGCAGGCUAUAGAUUGCAUUAUGUCCGAAGCAUAAGUAUGGUAUUAUUUUUGUUCUCCAAAGUCGAGUUAUUCUGCCAAUGCAGUUUGGUAUUCUUUGUUCAAGUCAUAAGCUGGACAAGACUGUUGUUGUAGACCGAAAUACUCAAAUUACAGAGUAUUUCAUCCUCUCUUUUUUGUGUGUGUUCCUGUGCGAUAAACACGAAACAUGGUUUCCGUCGGUCCAUGUUUGUUUGUUGGUUGUUGGUAUUUUGGUGUUUCUGAUCAUAAUUGUGCUUUAUGAUGAGCUGGAAAAAUGUUUGAAUUAACGAGAAAAUGCGAAAAUGCAAUUCCCAGUA